GCUGCUGCUGACAGAGCCUCUAGAGGCGGAGGAGGAGGAGGCGGAGGCCGGGGAACGGGAUUAAUGGAGCUCCCAGGGCGGUCGUGGCGGGGCUGAGGCCUGCCUCCCAACCCUUGUCCCCGGAGGAGGAGGAGGAGGAAGCCAGGGCGCCUGACGGCCGGGAAGACGGACGGACCGCCUCCGCCCAGGGCUCGCCUUCCCCCCAGCCCCCAGCCCUUGGAGCGGCCCUCCGGAGGCAGAAUAGACAAUGGGGUGUAUUAAAAGUAAAGAAGAUAAAGGUCCUACCUUGAAGUAUAGGACUGAGAAUACUCCAGAAUCUAUUACAUCUCAAGCCAGCCAUUAUGGAUCUGAUUCAGCACAAACAACCCAAUCGCCUGCAAUAAAGGGAUCCUCCGUUAAUUUUAACAGCCAUUCCAUGACUCCUUUUGGUGGGCCAUCUGCUGUGACACCUUUUGGAGGAGCAACUUCCUCAUUUCCAUCUGUGCCAUGCCCAUACCCUAGUGGCUUAACAGGUGGUGUUACUGUUUUUGUGGCCUUAUAUGACUAUGAAGCCAGAACUACAGAUGACCUUUCCUUCAAGAAGGGUGAACGGUUCCAAAUAAUCAAUAACACGGAAGGAGAUUGGUGGGAAGCAAGAUCUAUUGCAACAGGAAAAAGUGGCUACAUUCCUAGCAAUUACGUAGCUCCUGCAGACUCCAUUCAGGCAGAAGAAUGGUAUUUUGGCAAGAUGGGCAGGAAAGAUGCAGAAAGGUUACUUUUAAAUCCCGGGAACCAGCGUGGUAUUUUCCUAGUUCGAGAGAGUGAAACCACAAAAGGUGCUUACUCUCUCUCAAUACGUGACUGGGAUGAGAUUAGAGGCGAUAAUGUGAAACACUACAAAAUUAGAAAACUUGACAAUGGUGGAUACUACAUAACAACUCGAGCACAGUUUGAAUCUUUACAAAAGCUUGUUAAACACUACACAGAUCAUGCUGAUGGCUUGUGCCAUAAAUUAACAACAGUGUGUCCAACUGUGAAACCUCAGACACAGGGUUUAGCAAAAGAUGCCUGGGAAAUUCCUAGAGAAUCAUUACGGUUAGAAGUUAAGCUUGGCCAGGGAUGCUUUGGUGAAGUAUGGAUGGGAACAUGGAAUGGAACUACAAAAGUAGCGAUCAAGACACUAAAACCUGGUACAAUGAUGCCAGAAGCUUUCCUACAAGAAGCCCAAAUCAUGAAGAAAUUAAGGCAUGAUAAACUAGUUCCGCUAUAUGCUGUCGUGUCUGAGGAACCAAUCUACAUAGUCACUGAAUUCAUGACAAAAGGUACAUGCUUCUUCUUGGACAUAAAUCAAAGAUCUGAAGACAGUAAUGUUUUGUGAGGUACAUUGUUUAGU